UGCUAUUUUUCCUCAAGGUUACAUUGCAGAAAGGCUGUCUGUGCCAAUUCAUCGUUACCUACUUCACCAGAAGCCGAAGAUGUUGACUGCGAGGAAGAUAUUGUUGAUCUAUGCCGACGGCUCGACACCCAGCUCGAAGAAAAGGCAAAGAUGCAUAACUUGAAUGCUUUGAAUGUCAAGUCAAUCCUCCAUCGUCUUAUCAAAGAUCCUCAUGUUUUAUCUACGUUAAUGGGUAUAAAAGGCGAUACGGACGGAAUCCCCAGUCUAAAAGUGACUCGUUCUAAAGUGAAGCACACCGCAGAACCGGCUAAGGUGGAACUGAAACCUGUUCCUCCACCAAGGACAUUUCUCGACGUACAGUUCGAAAACGAGGACGAAGAUGAAGAUUACAGACCUGAGGAUGCA